GCUGGACUAAGUUCAAGAACGCUGAUGCUCGCGACCAACAUGCUCGGGCUGGCGGUUGUCAGCAUCUUCCCAGGUCCGAGGAUUUCAUGGCCAAUGAAAUUCAGGAGCUGCGAAGGGAUAUGCCUCGACGUGCGAGCGACCGAGAGAAAUGGUUCUGGUUGUGGGAUCGUUUCUUCGCGGGGCAUCCUCGGCCAGAGUCACCGUACGUUUUGGAAGGUAUCUUGGAGCCUUUCAGCCUCCUUGCGAGGAUCGCCAUGCGCAAUGCAACAACUACGGACUUUUUCAACUGGACUCAAUAUCAGAUGUACCCGCCUUAUCAGCUACCAGGGCUCUGGGAAGGUGUUCUCAGCCAGUUACUCACCUUACGUCAUGAGCGCGCGCCUCUGUCUAGGCGAGUUCCACGAGAGUCACCUGGCGACAGAUCCAUCCUAGUCAGCGACGCGCACCUGACGACUAUGGGAUAUGGGCUACCAUACCCAGUUCAUUCGAAUGCAAUUAGCAACUUUGAUUUCCUUUUACAGGACCAUCCAGUAUUAGACUUGGACGGUGGUGUGGGUCACGCUUCUUCCUCGACCGCACGUAUUCUUGGAGAUGGAAAUCCUGAAAGCUCGUCAGCGAACUCCGUCAGUGUUCAAAAUAACUGGAACCCGUCUGCAAUCAUACACACAGACGAAAGAAUUUCUCGUGGAGUUGCGCCGCCGGAAACAUCCCGUCCGAUGGAAAUGGAGGACGUCUUCGACUUUCAAGAUGGGUCGGAAAAGGAAGGCCCCCCGGGGUAGAAGCUCGUACGUCCGAUCGCACGAGAUCGUUCGCUUGAUCGAUUGCAGACUUAUUACAGUGCUUUAUAUGAAGAAAUAGAAUGGCGUGUUGGCAACUGUCUGGAAUUAUAACGAUAAUCAAAU